AUGGCCGUUGCUCCCCGCGAUCUCGUCAUAACGCGUCGUUUGUUUAUGAAAAACGCUGUUCGACCCGUUCACGUCGACGACAACUCGCCAAAUGAAUGCGACGACGAUAAGUACUGGUCAAAAGAAUAUUACGGCCGUUAUGUAAUACCUUCCUUACUACUUGUGGCUAUAUUUCAAUAUUGUACAAAACUCAAAUUAAGUACCUACUUAAUUGUAUAUAGAUCAACACGAGAAAGCUAUGGUGAUUCAGCUAUUGGAUAUGUCAAACUAUUGCGCCAAGGAAAUAUUUGUUUAGUUAAAGGACAAAUAUGUCCAGAACAUAAAGUAAGACAGAAAAACUAUAAAGUAGCUUUAACUGUGGAUGAAGAGGAAGAGAAAAUUGUGGAUGUUAAUUGUGAUGACUGUGCAGCUUCAUUAGGUGGAUGUAAACAUAGCUUAGCAUUUCUUAUGUAUUUACAUAGAAAAAGUGAAGAGUCAUCAGUAACAUCAGUUGAUUGUUAUUGGAAAAAACCAAAGCUAUCUGGUAUAGGAACAAGUAUUAAGUUUAUGAACACUAAAGACCUAUUUCCACCAAAAAAUGUAAAAAAUCAAUCUACUAAUAAAGUAAUUGUUACAAAAUUUUUUGAAGAUGUAAUAGAAUUGGGAAGAAAAAAUAAUAUAAAUUGUCAAUUAGGCCAGUACAACUAUUGUUUGAGUGAAAUAUCAAAUUUAUCUAUUCAUAGAUUAAUGUCGAAUUUCAGAACACAACAACAACUUAAUACAGUUGUCAAAUGUUCAGAAUUUAUUAAUUUUAUCAAAAGUGUUAUACAAUCAAAUAGUGGAAUAUUACAGAAAAUAGAAAGAGGAACACAAGAUCAAUCCAACAAUAAUAGUUGGUUUGAAAUGCGAUAUGGACGGAUUACUGCAUCCAAGGUAUAUGAAGCAUCUAAAUGUAGUACAACAGAUGGUACUCUGGUUAAACAAAUUUUGGGGAUCUCAAAGAUAAAAUUAUCUAAAGCAAUGAACAGAGGAAUACAUUUGGAAGAACAGGUUAUAAAACAAGUAAAAAUACUUGUAGGUUAUAAAAUUAAAAAAACUGGAUUACUAAUUGAUAAGAACUUUCCAAUAUUAGGAGCAUCAGCUGAUGGUCUAGGAGAAGACUUUGUUUUAGAAGUAAAAUGUCCUACAACUCAUUCUACAUUAUUAAAUUAUGUAGAUAAUGGAGUUGUAAAACCAAAGGUACUAUCUCAAAUACAAAUUCAAAUGCAUAUACAUGAGGUGUGGAAAGGAAUACUAGCUAUUGCUGACCCUGAAUUUGAAAAGAAUAAAAAAGUUACC